AUGAAGCCCGUAAAGCAUCAGUUGCCCUUUAGUAAUAAGUUGUCAAGUGUUCCAGAAUUAAGUUACAACAAAGGACUUUUUAAUUCACCAUUGUCACUGAAACCAAAGGAAAAACAAAGUUCAAAAUUAAUGCGUGAUAAACUUGAGCCAAUGGUCUUAAGAUCUCCACCAACAGGAGAAUCUGUUGUGAGGUAUGCUUUGCCCAUUCCAUCAAGUAAGACCAAGGAAUUAAUAGCAGAAGAUGAAUUGCUCAGAAAAAUUACCAAACAUCUGAAGAUGGUUGUUUCUUCUUUGGAAGAAACCUAUGGAAUGUCCAGUGAAACGGUAGAAAAACCACUGGUGAAGUCUGAACCUGAAGAAUUAUCUUUAUCUGUUGGGGAUGAUCUAAAUUCAUUCUUGGUAUGUUGUUCACAAUUUGCAACUCAAUUAGAAGGAGCAGUUAAAGAGGAGAGUCAUAUUUUGGAAUCUCUUUUUAAGUGGUUUCAGCGACAGGUCAAUCAAAUGGAAGAGAUAAGUAAAGAUCAAAGUUUUUCAGAAAGAGAGUUUCCAGUACCUGAUAAAGCAAUCACUUUAAGCAUUGCACAGAUAGUUAAGCAAGUGCAAAAACUUGAAGAACUGAAAAAUCGACUUAAAAGAUCUACUAAACACCCCUCAAAAGUCAUGCUCUUUAAGCCCAAGGAAAUUGAAAGUCCACCAGAAGCAGUGCUAAGUUAUGAAAAUGUACAGCAGAAAAUUGAAGAAUUUAUAGGAAGUGCCUCAUCUGAAGACUUCAAGGAGAUUUCUGCAACUGAAUCACAAACUACGUAUUCAGUACCAAAUCGACUGAACGCCAUGUUGAAAAUAUUUGAGAAACAGUCAAAUGUGUUAGAAAGAACUAGGAAUGAGAAAACUUUGUUAGAAACUAAAUACAAACAGAUGCAAGAUGAUUUCCAAAUGUUAUCAGAGGAAAAAUCGAUGCUGGAAAAUGAACUGCAAAAGUUGAAGAUUAUAGAGACAACAAAGCCGAAUUAUGAACGAGCGAAGAAAGCUAUGAAAAUGGAGAAGAAAAGAUCUAAGGAUAGAUCUGUGGAUUCAGAAUCGAAAAGGUCUUCAGCCAAAGAGCUUAAAAUAGAAGAUUUUUUUAAAGUCCAGAAAACAGCAUAUAGUCUGGAAGCUGAGAACAAAAUCCUUCAGGAACAACUGAAAGAAGCAUUACAGGAAGCAGAAAAAGCUAAGCAUCAACUAAAGUAUUUCCUAAAUCAAGGGGAGUUACUUAAAAGUGACAGGAAAAGCAAGACAAAAAUUGAGAGGACUACAAGUGACACAGAAGUUAACGUUGUAGCUUCACCAUCUCUACCAUUGGAGAGAGAAACAAAAAAAGUACAAAUUGCAGAUUCAAAUGGACAAAAGACAAAUGUUAAGAUCCAAGAAUAUCCACAGAUCUCAAGGGUCAACAAUGGAAGCUCGAUUGAUAACAGAUCAGAGAUCCUCAAGUCUAAAGAUGGAUCAGCUUUUUUAAAGAGUUCAACCGAAGUUUCAGUUGAUGAAGGCCUAUCCCCUUUAACUCUAUCAAAGUCCCAGGAUAAACCAUUCACAACAAGCAAAGAAAUUCAAGAUUCAACAGUGGAAUCACUCAUUUCACCCCCUAUUGUUUCUAAAAGAAAGUCAAGGAGUAGUGUUAUCUCAAAGGCUAAUAUUUUAGAAGAGAAUUUACAAAGUAAUACUGAAACUUAUCAAGAAGAAGGAGAAUUUCAAGAUGAAGAUAAAGAAUCAGAAGUAGAUGAAGAUCAAGCACCAGAUGAAACGCUUAAGUUUGAGAAUCAAAAACUGUCAAAAGCUCCCAUGCACAUGGUGGAGAAAAAAACUUCUAGAUCAACCAGGCGUAAUGCAUUUCUAACUCAGAAAAUUGCUAGGAUAUCUGAUGAAAAAAUGAUGUCUGAGGAAAUAGAUUUAUUUUUAAGAACCAAACCUCAACCCAGCGAUCUUAAAUCUACCGGAAGUGAGACACUUAUUAAUGUACCAGAUGAAAAUAUUAUGCUUGAGCAUGAAGAAUUGAUGGCAGAAAGAGAAAUACAAGUAAAGAAACGCAAAACUUCCCAAGGCGAAAGGCUCAUUGAUCAUGGUAAAUUACCAGAUGAAAAUUCUGUGCUUGGGCAUCAAGGUGUAAUGUCAAAAACCCAACUGCAACCAAAGAAACACAGAACUUCUAAAGGGGAAAAAUCCAAGAUUAACAAUGAAGCAGCCUCAAAACUUCCAGAAGUAGCAGAAAAUCUUCCAGCAAUACACCCAUCAAUAAGUGACCUAAUUGUUCAAUUAGAUUUAAACAAAGUUGCAGAGACAGAUAUAGAACACUUGAAAGAUUCUAUUGAAAGACGAAUGUUAACAAGGGAAAUGCAGAUACAGUCAGAAAGUCUCCUUGAGACUGAUACAGAAUACUUACCAGAUGACUUGGAAAGAGAUAUAAUCAAGGGGGAAGGCAAGAAGCAAUCAAUGCAUUAUGCUGAGACUGAUACAGAAUACUUACCUGGUGACAUUGAAAGAGGCAUCAUCAAGGGGGAAGCCAUGAAACAAUCAAUGCAAUAUGCUGAGAGUGAUUCAGAACACUUACCAGGCGACCUUGGAACAGGUGUCAUCAAGAGGGAAGCAAAGAAACUAUUGAAGCAGCAUAAGGAGACUGAUGCAGAAUACUUACCAGGUGCUCUCGGAAGAGGUAAAAUGAAGGGGGAAGCCAGGAAACAAUCAAUGCAAUAUGCUGAGAUUGUUACAGAACCUAUGACAGAUACUGUCGGAAAAGAAAAAAUAAUUGCUGAAAUCAAGGAACAACUUAAAAGUUAUGCUGGUAUGAAUUUACAUAAAAACAAAAAGGAGUUCUCACAUCAUCAAAAACGUUUAUCCUCCAGGGACAUCUCAGCAAUUAAAUUCCCAACAAAAGUGGUCAAUGUAUCACCCUUUGACAAUCAAGGCAGAACUUAUGAAGAAAUUUCACCCCACAUGAAUGAACCUUCAAAAUUAUAUCAGAGAACAUCUAGUGCUAGGUCAAGCAUUUAUAAAACUAUCCAUUUUCCUUUACUGACUAUAGAAUCUCCAGGGCAUCCAAAAAAAUUAAGCUCAAACAAAAAAAAAUUUGAAGUGACAAAUACUCUGCCUGUUGUGAUCUCUAAACAAAGGAAAUCUAUCUAUAAAGCGCCACCUACCACUGCUAGAAAACAUUCAACAUAUCUUUACUCUUGA